AUGGCGAACCCCCGUCAAAGACGCAAGCUGCGCUCUGGAUCCCACAAGCCUGUGCACCAUUCACGCCGGGCUAAAAAAAUUCUGAAGAAGCAACCACCCAUACGGGGUCCUCAGGUCCUGCAGGAAGCCUGGGAUCCGCGCAAGACGGUUAGACAAAACUAUGAAGCUCUCGGGCUUGUGUCGACCCUGACACCCACUGCGUCCGGCGGCACGGAGAAGCCGCUCAUCUCGCACCCUGACCACGACGACGAGGAACUCGCCGAAAGCCAGCCAGAAGCGUCCACCUCCGCUGCUGCAUCCACUUCGCAGCCCUCGGGGGCAAGUGGGUUGCCGAAGGGGUAUGGGAAAAUCAUCCGCGACGCGGAUGGCAACAUCGUAGACAUAGUGCUCGGCGACGACGACGACGAAGCGACGGAAGAGGCGGAGGCGAUGGAGGAGGAGCUGGAGGGGAUCCCCGAUCCCAGCGCGGACGAUCAGCUCGCGGGGUGGGUUGGGCUGGGUUCUGACCCUCGGAAGCGGGCUCCGGAAUCAGCGGGCACGCGUGUGGUGCAAGAGCUGGAGCAGCUGUCAGAGACGCGUGGGGGCCCUGUGGCCCGGCACACGUCGAGCGGCGAGCAGACGACGCUGCAGCGGCUGGUUCACAAGCACGGGCAGGACGUGGAGGCGAUGGCGCGGGACCGGAGGCUGAACGUGGACCAACGGACGGCGGGCGAGCUGAAGCGGGCGAUUCGAAAGGCUGGCGGGUUCGCGGAGCUUGGCAAGGCAGGCUAGGCUGUCACGUGUCUGACGGAAGAGGCAGAAGGCCUGGCUCUGGCGGUCGGGGGAAAUUGUUCCGAAAGUGGCUGUACUGCUGAGAUCGAGUGGAAGGGAAAUAGAAGGUGCCCCGGCGGUUGGAGAGUCGGUGGGAGCGGAUGAAUGGGAGGAGUUGUGUGACACGGUGUGCGAGUGGGCCGGGCUG